AUGACAAGCCAACCUUCGCACUCACAUCCACAGGCUGGUAAAGGAAAGGGACUCAUUGCCGAUGGCAACGUCUCUAUCCCAUCUGGUAACAUUACCGAUCUGACGCCCCAUAGGGAAAUUCAAGAGCUAAAUCAAGUCAAAGACGCAGGGACAGACAAGCAUGAUCAUGGAUGGCGCUAUAUAGUGGUUUUCUGUGAACAUGGGCACCGGCAUUGUGUCGAUGCUCCUCUAUACACUUCCAUACAACGGGCGAUGGCUAUAUUGGCUGUCAAUUGUUUUCUUCGCACUCAAUGCCUUGUUCUUCCUAAUUUUCUUUGGCAUAUCGAUUCUUCGCUAUGUCCUCUAUCCGAGCCUCUUUCCAAUAAUGAUUACGCAUCCUACCCAGUCUUUGUUUCUCGGCACACUGCCCAUGGGCUUUGCAACACUUAUCAAUAUGCUUUGCUUGUUUGCUUGGUUUGCGUCCCUGCAUGGGGCCAACAAGCAGGCUAUGUUGCUUUGGCAAUGUGGAUUGUGGAUGCAGUGCUCUCUGUCUUCACUUGCUUCGGAAUCAUUUUCAUCAUGAUAACAAGACGAACCAAAACUAAAUUGGGGUCAAUGUCGGUCGCGUGGUUGCUGCCAAGUGCGUCUUGCGUCGUCGCAGCUGCUUCCGGAGGAAUUGUCGCUGAAGUGGUUCCGAAUUCCCAGAUUGCCCUUGAGAUACUUGUCACCAGCUUUAUUCUAUGGGGCAUCGGGAUUUCGCUUGCAUCAAUGGUCAUUGUGAUUUACUUGAUGCGACUAAUGCUGCACAAACUACCACCCAAGGCAGUCAUUGUGAGCACGUUUCUGCCCCUUUUUCCGAUAGGAGAGGGAGGGUUCGGGUAA